AUGAAUGAGGUAGAAACAUCCUCCAUCCAGCAGCAAAUUUUUGAUUUGACAUCCUUCGUGCGACAAUUAGUUGUAGGAAGUGCCUCACAAGCCAAAGUGUGUGGGGUAUGUGCUGCCGUGGGUCAUUUUACGGAGGUGUGUCCACUGGUUCAGGAAGAAACUGCAGAGCAGGUGAGCAUGGCUGGCCACGUGCCCUCGCCAAGACAGCCAUACGACCCAUACUCGAGUACAUACAAUCCGGGUUGGAGAGAUCAUCCUAACCUCAGCUAUGGAGGAUAUAAGCAGUCGAAUUUUGCACCAAACAGGCAGCAAGGGUACCCACAACAGUACCAAUCUCGUCCUCCACUAUCCCCUUCAAACUCAAGCCCGUCUAUAGAAAAGAUGAUGAACCAAUUAAUUGCUAAUCAACAAAAGACAGAUUCUGACCUACAAAGUAUGAGAAAUCAACUGGACCAGAUACCAGUAAUGCAAAAUCAGCUAAGUCAGAUGGCAGUGGCAAUCAAUCGCCUUGAAUCCCAAGUUUUUGGAAAAUUGCCUUCUCAACCUGAAUUGGACCUGAAGAAUGUAAGUGCAAUGACUUUAAGGAGCGGGAAGGAAAUUCAGGGGCCUGAACUCAUGAUUCCAAAGGACAAGGAUGAGAAAAAGGUCGAAAACAAGCUUGAGAAGAAGGAUAGCAGUGGCACAAAUCCAAAGGUACUUCCCGACCCAGUCAUUAUAGUUAAAACUAACCCGCUUCCCUUUUCUAGCAGAUUGAAAAAACCAAAAAAGCAGGACAAGAAGAAGGAGAUCUUGGAGGUGUUCCACAAGGUAGAGAUCAAUAUUCCCCUAUUAGACGCCAUCAAGCAAGUGCCGAAGUAUGCAAAAUUUUUGAGGGACAUAUGUGUCAAUCGAAGACGACUGAGGGGAGAUGAAAGGGUCAUCGUGGGGGAGAAUGUGUCAGCAGUUCUCCAAAGGAAGCUACCAUCAAAGUGUGGGAAUCUAGGUAGGUUUACUGUCCCAUGUAAGAUAGGUAAUACUUUGAUUAGAAAUACCCUGCUGGACUUAGGAGUAUUGAUCAACGUAAUGUCUAAAUCUAUGUAUGCUUCUCUGAACCUCGGUCCAUUAAAAGAAACCGAGAUAAUAAUUCAAUUAGCUGACCGAACAAAUGCAUACCCUGAUGGGUUGGUCGAGGAUAUGCUGGUUAAAAUUAAUGAAUUGAUAUUCCCGGCUACUUUUAUGUACUUGACAUAG